GGAAAAUCUUUAAAGACGCCAUCUUGAUCGAGAAAAGCCGAGGAUGGGCUAAAGUAUUUUCCUGGUUUGUUAGACAAAAUCAAAGCAAUGAAUCAGUAUCCAGGCGGUUUUGUGCCAAUGAUGAUGCCAUCAGUACAAUCGGUGCAACAGCCUUACAUGGUGGUACGUCUGCCACAUGGUAUGCCACAUCCAGCGGUGGCACGAGGAGGGACUGCCCAGCCUGGUGCAACCUUUCUUCCCGGGAUGCAGAUGCCACUUACUGCAACAGGAGCCACAUCUGCAGCUAGGUUUGGUACACAGGGAGGUCUUUUAGCUUCCCCAGCUGCUUCUUCAUUUCAAGGUGCUAUCCAAGGGAUGCAGGGUGUAGCAGGCUUGCAGGGCAUGCCUGGGAUACAGGCAUUAUCUGGUGUACAGGGUGUAGCGGGUGUUCAGGGAGCUCCUACACCUCCAAUGCUACCAGUGACCUCAACUGCAUUAGAUAUGCAGGCAUUUAAUCAGAAAGCCAUGUACGGUGCACCGUUAGGUCUCAGUGAACAAAUUCUUUUAGCUCAACAACAACAACAACAACAGCAAGCUCAGCAGCUACAUUAUAUUGGUCAGCAAGAUGUUAAAGAGGUCGGAGCUUAUGAUGUAAACGUCAAAAUGGAGCUGGACGAUUAUAAUUCAGAUCUCAACCUUGUUAUAGAUGAAGAUGGAUUUGGUGCUCAACCGAUGGUUAACCCAUCGGGUUUUAAUUUCUGCUGGGCUGGAGCUAGGGCAACAUACGGGGUUACACGAGGAAAGGUAUACUAUGAAGUACAGAUUACAGAAAACCUUCCAACAGACUUUGGAGAUGACCACCAAGAAACAAACCCUCAUGUACUUCGUAUUGGAUGGUCUAUAGACCGAUCAUCUUUUCAACUAGGAGAAGAGCCCUUUUCUUACGGAUAUGGAGGAACUGGGAAAUUUUCAGUGAACUGUAAAUUUCAAAGUUAUGGAGAGCAGUUUGGCCAGGGAGAUAUCAUAGGCACACUGUUAGAUCUUGACUCUCGCCCUCCGACAAUAUCCUACACAAAGAACGGACAGUGGCUUGGUAUCGCAGCAUCACUCCACAAUUUCAAAGCUGGAGAGAAAGAGUUUGCCUUAUUUCCUCACAUUCUUUCUAAAAAUUGCAGGUUCCGAGUAAAUUUUGGUCAGGAAGGUCCGUGGUAUCCUCCUCCCCCAGGAUAUAACUACAUCAGUCACUUCCUCGCCAUAGAUAGGGUCAAAGGCCUCGAACCACCUGCAAAAAAAUCAGACUGUGAGAUGAUGAUGAUCAUCGGUCUACCUGGUGCUGGUAAAACUACCUGGGGAGUAAACAUGGCAAAAACUCAAAUAGAAAAGCGCUACAACAUCAUCGGCACAGACACACUUAUUGAUAAAAUGAAAGUGAUGGGUCUCCCAAGGAAGAAUAAUUAUCAUGGUCGUUGGGAUGUCCUCAUUGACAAGGCAACAAAAGCUCUCAACAAACUAUUUGAAACAGGAUGUAAAAAGAACAGAAACUACAUUUUGGACCAGACCAAUGUUUACCCAUCAGCCAGAAGGAGGAAGUUAAAGAAUUUCAAUGGAUUCUACAGGAUUGCCGCAGUCAUACAACCAGAUGAUCAAGAGUUGCAACGCAGAUCUGAAAAGCGGACUGUCGAAGAUGGUAAAUUUGUACCAGAGUCAGCUGUUCUAGAGAUGAAAGGGAAUUUCAAACUACCUGCAGAGAAUGAUGACUUAUUCGAUAGAAUAGAUUUUAUAGAACUACCACGAGACAAGUGCCAGGGGUUAGUGGAAGGCUACAACCAGGAAGGCAUUGCGAACAGGCCGCCUCGGAAAGGAGGUGCAGGAGGAUUUGGACGAGAUAAUAGACCAUUCCAAACCCCAGCAGACCUAAGACAGGGCCAAGGUUACCAAGCUCCUAGUCAAGGUGGUCAGUUCCCUGAUCGAUACAGAGGUCAGGACAUACCACCAAUGCCAGGUCAAGGUCGUCCACAGGACACUGCUCAGUUCAGGGGAAGCUAUCCAGCAGAGGGUGCAAACUUUAGAGGUAGGGGUGAUCAUGGUUCUAAAGGUACUGAACCUGCAGAAAAACGGGUGAGGUAUGACACAGCUACCAGUGCAAGUGGUUUGGACUUGCUAAAGCAAGAGUAUGCUGAGGAGGAGCAACCUCAGGCAGCAGCACUCAGUCAGUAUGCAGCUCUUAUUGCAGCUCAACAGAGACCACAACAAGUUGUGCCAAAACCGGAGCAUCAGUGGGCAAGGGCUGAGUAUGGUGGUGUUGGACUGUAUGCAGGGCUUGCAGCUCAAGCUAAAGCCCUUAUGGAACAACAGCAAAGCCUGCAGCAAGGUUUGCCACAAGGUCUUCCCCAAGGUUUACCACAGGGCUUACCACAGGGCUUACCUCAAGGUCUUCCUCAGGGUCUUCCUCAAGGUUUAGGAUUACUACCACAAGUACCCGGUGAACAGUCAUUGCUAGGACAUCCCGCUGCAGCCUAUGCUAAUAUGCAGCAAUUUGCAUUCAUGGAUCGCAGUGGAUUGAGUCAAAUGUCAGGUGCAGGAUUGAUAGUAGCUGGAGAUCAAAACUUUGUGAGGAAGGCUGCUGUACAACCUCCACCGCCUCCCCCUGAACACACAAGUGUUGCAGAUGUUUUGAGAAGUCAGGGAUGGCAAGAAAAGGAUGCUAAGUCCCAAAGUCAGGAAACGACUGAUUCUGGAUUGAACAGAGGUGAUCGUCAGUCUAAUAAUUUAGCAGAUGGCUGGAAGAAUGUGUGGCAGCAGCAACAACCACAACCACCACAACAACAGCAGCAGCAGCAGCAACAACAACAAGCACAAAAACAGCAACAACAGCAACCCUCUCGCAAGCAAGAAGGUUUUGGAAAUCAGCUCUCAUAUAACAGGCCAGGAUCACGCAAUCAGUCCUCAGAAUCACAGUUCUCACAAAAACAACCCCAACAGAGACAGCAUGAGUCGUAUGAUUCUCAAUUCCCAUCGGGGGCUAGACAAUCAUUCGAUUCACAGAAAAAAAUCCCACAAGAAAAGCAUCAACGCGAAACGUAUGGACGACAAGAGGAACCAAAUUCAUACAGAUCUGACCGUCAGAAUCAGUAUGGGGGGCAGAAGCAAUAUUCUGGACAAAGACAAAAUCCGAAUGUUGAUAACACCAGGAGUAGACCGCAACAGGAUAACUUUGAAGCUGACAGAGGUCAGUUUGGAAAUUUUGGUGUUGAAUCCACAGAUGUAAGACGUGAAACUAGUAGUGAUGGUGGAGGAAGUCAAGACUCCUCUAGUAAACCAAGCCUCAAAGCAGAGGAAUCUGAUAAACCUAAACGUGAAAGGAGAAGACCCAGUAAAUGGGAUACACCGUCAGAUGAUCAACCACCAUCUCCUUCUGCAGAAGGCGAGUCGUCAACUCAAAGUAUGGAUAUGCCGUCACAGCCUGAGGAAAGUAGCCGUCCUGGUUUGGACAGUCCAAGAUGGCAGCACCAAGAAAAUAAACGAGAUAGUUUUUCUUCAAAUGAUUUUGACGGGCAGCAAGAACCCAACCAGCAAAAUUUUAACGACCACAGAUCAGGUAUGGGAAAUCAACGUGGUCCACCUAACCAGGAAAGACCUGGCGGUAGAUACGGGAUGCAGGAUGAUCGUCCAGGUGGAGGAAGAGGUGGCUUCGGUGGUGGAAGAGGUGGUUUUGAUGGGGGCAGGGGAGGCUUCGAUGGUGGAAGAGGGGGUUUUGAUGGAGGCAGAGGCGGCUUUGAUGGGGGAAGGGGAGGUUUUGAUGGUGGCAGGGGAGGAUUCGAAGGAGGAAGAGGAGGUCAUGGAGGGCGCCCACAACCCUUGAUGGGAGGACCUGGUCCAAGGGGCCAUCCAGGUCAGAGACCUCCUUUCAGAGGACAGCAAGGCCCGGGACAAAGAUUCCAAGGACCUGGACGAGGUAAGGGCCCAGGAGGUCCCGGGGGCCCGGGUGGACCAGGAGGUCCAGGUGGCCCUGGUGGACCGCGGCCGUUCAGACCUAGAAAUCCAUUUGAUGGCGGGAUGAGAGGUGGUGGAAGACCUCCUUUCGGACAGCGAGGAGGAUUUAAUCAGAGAGGUGGAAUGAUGCGAGGACCCAGACCUGGUGGUCCUGGUGGUCCAGGUGGACAUUUUAACAGACAUUUGUAAAUUAUGAUAGUAUUGUAGUUUAAGUUGUCAUGCCAAUAUUUCAUUAUGCAUUGUACAUCCCUUAUCGAUUUUUUCAAUCAUUGAUACGAUCAGUUUGUAAAUAGACAUUAUUACUCUUAGAACAUGUUUUGAGGCAUUUCUUUUUUGCUUUGAUAUAGUUACUGACGAAGAACAAUAUUGAGGUGCGUGUUUGGUCUCUCAACAAAUGACCCUUAGAAAAAUAAUAUUAAAAAAAAUAUUAUCCUCCUUUGUUUUUAACAUCUGUUUUCUUCCUGAAUAAGAAUUCUUUUUAUGAAAACAAUUUGACAACUGUCCUCGUCAAACAAUUGUUGAAAGGCUCAUUUUAUAUAAACGUUCUAUGAAACGCCCUUUUUAAAAAAAAAUGUCAAAUGUGAACACACUUACACUUUUACUCUUAACAAUUUGAUGUUUAACUUCCAUUUCAGAUUAAAAAAACUCCACAAAUUUAGAAGUCGGACACUAAGCAUUUUUGUAACACUAAUAUAAAGUUGUUGCAAGAAAUGAAAGUUUUAAAUCGCUAUUGUAUAUUAUUCAUGUGCAUGAUUGACAGGUGCAGAAAUAUGUUUUAGGUACAACUGUUUGGGAAAUUUGGUGUUAUUUUCAGUGAAUUAUGUUAUUCAUACUAAUAUAUAGAUAGCUGUAAUACAAAUUAUUUCUAUUGUGGAAAAGAGAAUGCUUUCGAGGCAUUUUUUUCAUGCAGGGAUUCUUUUUCAGCUACCUACUUUGGAAUUCGUACCUAUAUUACUUUUUCAGGGUCUUUCAAAGCAAACAAUUAUUUUUCAGUGUCUUCGAAACAAAUCAUCAACAGAGAAUCAUCGUUUUCAACAUCAUCAGUAAAUAGUUAUGUUAAUAUUAACAACACAUACAAACUUGUUUAAAUCCGGUAUGAAGCACGUUUGAAUUUCGCUUUUGUUCACUCAUAACAUUUUGCUAAAGACAGUCUUUCUGUAUGAAAUUGUAUUCUUCAUGUAACGCUUUUUCUAUUAUGCGUUUUCAGACACUUGUGUACGAAGUAAUUCUCUAUAUUGUUUGAUGUGAACAGCUAAUAAAUAGCGGCAUAGUACCUAUGUUGUCCCUUUGCAUGAGUAUUAUGAUGAUAAACAUGAGAAUUACGUCACUUUCAGCAUUCAUUAAAUCAAUACUACCAGGUGUUUUUUUUCAAAUAGGAACUACAAAUGCUCAUAUCUCAAUGUAGUAUGUAACCUUUAUGUAUAUUCAUGUAUUGUGAUUUGUGGAUUAAAUGUAGAA